AUGCCAAAGCUAACGCGCGAACUCGUCUCGAUAUGCUGGGUGCUGGGCGUGGGUGGCUACACCUACGGCUACUGCUUUGCCUGCUUCGUUACCAUCCUUGGCCAGCCUGGAUUCUACAUCUCCAUGGGACUUGAUCGUACCAGUGUCAUCGGAGCAGCCAAUGCUCUUUUCACUUUCGGCGCCGCGUGUGGAGCUAUCGCCCAGGGAUUCGUGGCCGACUGGCUUGGAAGAAAGAAAGGCAUGGCCAUAGCUGCCGUGCUCGCUACCGUCGGGGGUGCCCUUGCUGCUGGAAGCGUCAACAUCGCUAUGAUCAUCACCGUGAGAAUCAUUCAAGGCGUGGGUGCCGGCAUGGUUAUCUGUCUGGUACCUCUAUAUCUCGCCGAGACAGCGCCCCCCAAGCGCCGUGGCUUUCUGUCUGGCCUCACGGUGCUGGCUUUUGGAUUUGGCUACGAAGCGUGUGCCUUCAUUUCCGUUGGGUCGUAUUUCGCCACAGACCACGUGCUGCAGUGGAGACUGCCCCUGGCAUUGGCUUGCACGUCGCCUUUAUUGCUGAUUUGCCUUCUGCCGCUCAUUCCAGAAUCGCCUCGCUAUCUUAUCUGGAAAGGUCAUGCCGAGGUCGCCAAUGACGUUCUCCGCAGGCUGCACAGAGAUCCAGACGACCCCAGUGACUCUAUGGCGAUUGCCGAGUUCGUACAGAUCUCGCAACAGGUUGAGCAUGACAAAGAGAUGCGAGCCGCUUACUAUGAUAUCUUCAAGAAGCCAUCCUGGAGGAAGCGCGCGUUGCUGGUCAUGUUUUUGCUGUUCGCUUCACAGUCCACCGGAAUUCUCGCAAUUGCGAACUUUCUGGUCCUCAUACUGGGAGGACUGGGCUUCACUGGCGUGCUGCCCAUCCUCAUGUUUGGAAUCUGGUCUCUAGUCGGCUCGGUUGGAGUUCUCAUUAGCAUAGUCAUCGUCGAUCGCGUGGGUCGCCGUGUCCUCCUCCUCUCCGGCUACGGCGCACUCGCCUGCAUCCUCCUCGCCGAGGCCGUUCUGGAGUGGAAGUACUUAGGCACCGACGACCAGGCCGGAUUAUCCGCGUGCCUCCUCUUCCUCUUCUUCUACAUCCUAGCCUAUCAGGCCGUCGACGCCCCAAGCUUCAUCUGGGCUACAGAGGUCUGGCCCACGACUCUCCGCGCCAAGGGCGUCAGUCUCAUGUUCUUUGCGUACUUUGUGGGCGCUAUUACAUACACUACACCUGGCGCGCUGAUGAUCAAGAACAUCGGGUGGCAUAUCUAUCUGCUCUACAUGUCGCUCUGCAUCGUGUCCGGCACGAUCGUGUAUUUUUUCAUCCCCGAGACAAAAGGCCUGCCAAUGGAAGAACUGGCCGCGCUGUUUGGCGACCAAGUCAUGGUCAGAUUGACGGCUGACGCCCAUGAGGUCCUUAAGAACGAUGUCGUGGAGGUCGAACAUGUCGAAAUGCAGGCGCCAGCAAGCAGGGGUUCUGGCAAGGCAGAUAUUGGGGCUUCCAGGCGUGCGGAGGGCGUUGCGUAG